AUGGUGUCCCACAAGGCAUUGGCCGCCGCUGCGGCUGCCUUCUUCCUCUCCUCGCCCGCCCUCGCUGGCAUGUACCCCAAGAACUCCCCGGUCCUGCAGGUGGAAGCAAAGGACUACAACAGCCUCAUUGCGAAGUCAAACCACACUUCUAUUGUCGAAUUCUACGCGCCCUGGUGCGGCCACUGCCAGAACCUGAAGCCUACGUACGAGAAGGUCGCCAAGAACCUCGCCGGGCUCGCCAAGGUCGCCGCCAUUGACUGCGACGACGACGUUAACAAGCGCCUUUGCGCCGAGAUGGGCGUCGGCGGCUUCCCCACCCUCAAGAUUGUGCGCCCAGGCAAGAAGCCGGGCAAGCCGGUGGUGGAGGACUACAAGGGUGCGAGGAGCGCAAAGGCCAUCGUCGACGCCGUCGUGGAGAAGAUCCCCAACCACGUCAAGCGCGUGACCGACAAAGAGUUCGACGACUUCCUGAACGAGGACAAAGCUGGCGCGAAGGCCAUUCUGUUCACCGAGAAGGGCGUCACGAGCGCGCUCCUGCGGUCUCUGGCCAUUGACUUCCUGGGAAGCGUUCAGGUCGCUCAGAUCCGCAACAAGGAGAAGAAGGCCGUCGAGACUCUCGGUGUUGACAAGUUCCCCGCCUUGGUUCUGCUCCCUGGCGGCGACAAGGAAGCCAUCAUUUACGACGGUGAGCUGAAGAAGGAGCCCAUGGUCGAGUUCCUCUCCCAGGUCGCUUCACCGAACCCUGAUCCUGCCCCAGCGAAGCCCAAGGCGGACAAGAACGGUAAGAAGGAAGCCAAGAAGGAGACCAAGAAGGAGGAGGAGCCCGUCACGUCCGACGAGGAUAAGCCCGUUGAUGUCACAGACUCUGGUCCACAACUCCUCAUGCUUGAUACCGAAGAGCUUCUUCAAAAGGAGUGUCUGUCCACAAAGUCACACAACUGUAUUUUGGCCCUUCUCCCUUCGAGGACCGACGCCAAGGAGCCGCUGCCUGAACAGGCGCAGCUAGCGCUCGCAUCCCUGACUGAAGUCAUCAAGAAGCAUACCAAGGGAGGCCACCGCCUGUUCCCCGUGUUCACCGCUCCUAUCAACAACGAGGGUGCUGCUAAGCUCCGGAAGGAGCUCGGCUUGAACGAAAAGGACUUCGAGCUGAUCGUUACGAACUCUAAGAAGUCUUGGUGGAAGCACUACUCGGGCAGCGACUAUUCUCAAAAGAAUGUCGAAGACUGGAUCGACGCCAUCAAGAUGGGUGAGGGUAAGAAGGAGAAGCUGCCGCAGAGCGUCAUCAUUGAGUCCAAGGAGGAAGUCAAGGUAGACGCCGAACAGCAGCCUAUCAAGAUCGAGGUUGAGGAGAUCGUUGAGGAGAAUGCUGCUCCGGAACACGGAGAAUUGUAG